GCGGUCUGUCUUAAUCUCGUGCAUAUGUCAUUUCUAAUUUUUGUCGAUUGUUUUCUCUUUUAAAAAAAACCUCACAUCCCCACAUCGCACAAGGUACCUUGAUAAUACAGUCAAAAUUACUAAAGGCUGAAGUUACAUAGUUUAGUCAAUCAUGGAGCAGGGUUAUGAAAAACGGUUGCUAGGGUCUCCUUAUAAAUCGCCAAUUAAAACAGUUAGCCCAAUGAAGACUCCAACGAAGGAAAAUUAUAUGGACCGAUAUAUCCCACUGAGAGCAAAUGCACGUUGGAAAACAUCGACUUUCGAGCAACAGAAUAGUAACCCCACGCGUAAGCUAUUUCAAUCUAGUCGUGGAAAUGCUGAUGGACUCUGUAACGAUGUUGAUUCUCCAAACCAAAAUGGUUAUCAAAGUCAUGGCUUCGCGCCUCUUGCUGGAGAAAGUAACUGGGGAACAUCUGGAGUCAAUUCAGUUAUACAGGAACCUGUACCGCCAACAGAGGCGAGAGGCUGUGACCUUCUUUCUGCUCUUGUUGCAAACGAACUUGAAGAAGCCUCAUUGAGUGGUGCCUAUAGCCCUGUGAAUUCAAGAUGCGGUUUCGGCAAUUCUGGUGUUCUUUCAGCUAGAGAAAAUAACAACAUGUUCUCCUUCAAACUUAGAAGAGAGAGUCCAUUUAAAUUAAAAACAUCUCCGUAUACCAUGUCUCCAGUAUCUGAAAAAAGUCAACAUUUGUUGAAAUUUCCACAAAAGCAAGCGCGUAAAAUAUCUCGGGUACCCUAUAAGGUUCUCGAUGCUCCAGAGUUGCAAGACGAUUUUUACCUUAAUCUUGUUGAUUGGUCUUCUCAGAAUGUACUGGCAGUCGGGUUAGGAACAUGUGUCUACUUAUGGAAUGCUUUCACUAGCCAGGUAACUCGAUUAUGUGAUGUUUCUGGGGAAACUGAUGUUAUUUCAUCUGUUGCAUGGUCCAAAAAGGGAAGUCAUUUAGCGAUCGGAACUUACCGUGGUCAUGUUCAAAUAUGGGAUGUUACAAAAAGUUCCUGCAUACGCUCACUAAACGGACAUAUUGCUCGCGUUGGUGCUUUGGCGUGGAAUGCUGAUCUUUUAGCAUCUGGUAGCAGGGACCGUUAUAUUUUGUUACGUGAUACACGUGCUUCAGCCAAUUCUGGUGGUGGUCCGACUGGUCAACUACCUACCACAAACCCCUCUAAUACUUCUGUAAUAGCCGCUGAACUUGCUGACAGGGAUGAGAUUAUGGCUGAUCCCAACACCAUUAGUUCACCAAGUCACAUUGGUCAGGGAGAAAGUAAUUUUAACUACCCGCGGGCUUCGACACCGAUUGUUCCAGUUAGUGGAGACCUUGCGGAAGUUGACCCUUUAAGUACACCGGCCCAGAUGGAUGUAGAAAUGCUUGGGCUUCGGGACACGGAUCCGCAUGGAUCAUCAUGGUCUACGCCAAGAAAUGCAACUAAUUCCACUGUCACCCAAACUAAUGCUUUACAGUCGAUCGAAAAUGGGACAGAUCGUCUUGUUCCCGGGGCAGUUCGCGUACUAAAGGAUCAUAGACAAGAGGUGUGUGGGUUAAAAUGGUCUCCAGACAGUCAAUAUUUAGCAUCAGGCGGUAAUGAUAAUCGUCUGCUCGUUUGGAGCCAACAUGCACCAUCUACCGGUGGUCCUGUUUUAACUUACGAAGAGCAUGUGGCUGCUGUCAAAGCAAUUGCAUGGUCACCUCAUCAACACGGAUUGCUUGCAAGUGGAGGUGGUACAGCUGAUCGCUGUAUCCGAUUUUGGAAUACAUUAACUGGUCAAGCUUUACGUAGCGUUGAUACCGGAAGUCAGGUUUGUAAUAUUGCCUGGUCCAUACAUAGUAAUGAAUUAGUGAGUACACAUGGUUACUCACAGAAUCAGAUUCUUGUUUGGAGAUACCCUAGUCUAACGCAAUUAGUCAAGUUGGUUGGGCAUUCAUACCGUGUGUUGUACUUAGCGAUCAGUCCAGAUGGUGAAAAUAUAGUAACUGGUGCAGGAGAUGAAACACUGCGCUUUUGGAAUAUAUUUACCAAGGCCAAAACUCCAAAAAUGCAACCAUCUUCACUGAAUUUGUUCAAUGGAAUCAGAUGAUCUAUGCACAAAAAAUGUCUUUCAUAACUAUUUUGGAUAUUUCUCUGUUAUAUUUCAAUCUAAUUAGUUCAUAUGUGUAUUGUCAAAUUUAUUUGCACAAUAACUACUUGGUUACAUUAUUCGUUUCUGUAAAUAGACAUCUAUCUAUGCAAACACACAAUAAGAAUCUUAAAAAUUAUUAUUAUUAUUCAUUAUAUAUUCCAUUAGUAAGAACUACAUUCUCACCAUCUGUAAUCAAUUCAACACCCGUUUUUUUUACAUGUCUUUUGGAAAUUUUCUAAAUUUUGCUUCACUUCAAUUAAAAUUGUAUGCAAAAAUUAUAAUGGUUGCUGCUUACUACUACUAAUCUUCAUUUCAUGCAAAUUGAACAAAUAAAAACCUAGUAAUCAUUAUUCAUUUUUAUUUCCUUCACUAAUUGUUUAUCUUUAUGAAAUUGUACUUAUAAUAUAUUUCUUAGUUUUGUAAUUCCUUUUUUAGUAUCAAUUCAUCCCCUAGUCAGUCAUUUGUUACAGCUUUUUUAUCGCUUUUCUUUUCUUUUAAUCAAUUUGUACUUUUUCUUUUGGCUGUCUGUGUCGUAUUUAGUCCAACUUCUUUUGACACUGUGAUAGUCUUUUGCCCCCUUAAAAAUAAUAAUAAUAAUAACAAUCAUAAUAUAUAUACAACAAAAAUAACACAUCUUAGCUUCUAUUGUUUUCUAAAUCUUCGUAAGUUGAUAAUUGGUGUAUCACAUCAUGUGGUUUGGUUACGCAAUUAUUAAAUACAAAGACUAUUAAC